AUGCCUCGUCCUCGAAGACCUGGUGCACCAGAACCAAAGCGCCGAAGCCGUAAAGGAUGUUGGCCAUGCAAAGCACGCAAGGUAAAAUGUGGCGAGGAGAAACCAGCAUGCCUUAAUUGCCAGCGACAAGGCGAUCCUUGCGACUAUAGUGUCCGUCUGAACUGGGGAGGAAGAACGAAACGCAUGUCAAUUGACUCGCCGAAUUCACAAUCUAGUGGGUAUGGAGCUGUAAUUGGUUUUUCUGACUCAUUCGCUGUCAACGAUCUGAGCCCGGUUUCGUUCUCCACUCCACCAAGCAACAACCCUACUGAUGGAUUUAUCAACACUCAUCCUGGGGGGUUGACUUCGCCGGGAGCAAUAUCUCCAAGUACACCCGCAGCAGUGGGCCUUUUCGAAUCCCCCAGGCUCGGUUCAGAGUCUGAAGGAGUGACAUCACCGGGUCAAUUAGAGCCUCGGUUCUCCUCAACUUGGGCGGAACAAUCUCCUCCAUUGACGACAUCAGUGUCCUCGGCGCCUUUGUUGCAAUAUCAAUUUGGACAGCAGAGUUUUGAUAACCCAUAUCUGGGUUCGGUGGAUCAGACGUCCGGCAUUGGAUCACUCUCUGCCUUUGCGUUCCAUACACACCCCGUGUCGCAACCAAUCUCAUAUAUGCGCCACCCCGUUGUCGCUUCCGAUCACUGCUCAGAUCCAUCUAUAUCCCACUCUCGUGAUGAAGGACACCUUUCUCGAGGGACGCAUGAUGACCAGGACAUGCAACUUACCGCCGAGCAUGGGACAGGGCAAGACGGAUCCUCAAACAGCCCACACAAUAUUGGCGGCAUGUCCUCCAUGGUUUUCGAUCAACACAGACCGUCGAUUGCUGAAAAUGAUGCAACCUCAUCUCCGAGGCUGCACGAGACAAUCGGCAACAUGGGCUCUAUACAUGAACAUCAGAAUAAAUUGACUCCCGAGCGUCAGGUAACCGCAGGGACCAAUCAUGAAGCUGAUCAAACAUCGCACGAGUCUUCAAUGGCCCGGAACAAAUGGCAAACGUAUCUGAACAGUGUAACCGACAAUUAUGGAUUGGACUCUGGGCGUCCAGAUCACGAUCUGACUUUCAACAACGAUCAUGCCGCCAUAGACAUCAACUAUGCGUUGGAUUUGAUCAGUUCUCGAUGGCGCAACGAAGAACCCUCACAGUCGAAAGCUUCUCAACCCGAACCCGAACCACAGGUCCAGUUUUGUAGCGGUUACUAUGCUUCUCCAGUACCCAUCAAUGUUCCCAGGUACUUGUCUCCGCUUCCGUCCUCGUUGCUGGAGAACCCUAUCAAUUUGAUGUACUUCCAUCAUUUCCUGAACCACACUGCUCGCAUGCUUGUCCCGCAUAACUGCGAUAAUAAUCCAUUUAUCUCGGUUUUGCCAUCAAUGGCAAUUUGUGAUUCCAAUCUCCUCAACUUGUUGCUUGCGUACUCCGCUAGUCAUCGUGCCCGAUACCUAGGCCACCCAGAGCCCGCCAACCGAAUUGCUCAUUGGGUUAGCAAGGUUUUCCCAGCUUUGCGUAUGGCAUUGGAGUCACCCAAUGAAGACAUCACUGACAGCCACUUGGCCACAGCCAUUAUGCUGUUGUCAUUGAAGAUCGUUUCUCCAGGGACAUUUGAAGUGCCAAUUACCUGGAAGAGUCACCUGAAACUUGCUCGCGAUCUAUUCCUUGCACGGAGCGAGAGCAUGGCGCAGCCUGGUAACAGGAUUGGGGCGUUCUUCGCCCGCUGGCUGGGCUACCUCGACACGAUGGGAUCUUUGUCGUGUCGCCAAGCAGGUCCUCCACUAAUGAUAUACCACUCCAUCUUAACAGCCUGCUCCGCGCCUGACGGUCACGACGAGUUCGGUGUCGAUUGCUUCACGGGGUUCACUCCCCGCACUGGAGUAUUUCUGAUCCGUCUUGCGCGGCUGGUGCAGGAAUGUGACAAUCAACGCUUCGAUGAAAUGGGUAACUUCCGACAUGACUGGCAUGCGUCUGCAGAAAUGGUCCUGGAAGCGCAAUCCAUACUUGGUGAUAUGGAUGGGAUCAGUGAAUGUACUCAUACUAUAUCGGAACACCACCGUGGUAUUGAGUCCGCGGACAUGAUGGCCAUCGAGGAAGCCUUCCGGUUUGCCGGACUCCUGCACCUCCAUCGACGUGUGCUUGGGUCCCCACCUGACUCGUUCCCCGUGAAGGAGGUCUUGUGCAAGCUCAUUGAUGCCCUUGGACGCAUGCGCCCUGGCGCAGCCACCGAGGUGUGCUCCUUAUUCCCGCUCUUCACGGCCGGCUGCGAAUCCAGAGAUUCAAUUCAGAGGACUAAGCUUUUGGACCGGUUCUUCGUGUUGGAGAGCUCGGGCAUGAAACAGAUUCAAAAUGCACGUCAAUUGAUGCAACACUGCUGGGAUAAGAAUCUGCCUUGGAUUGCCCUGGCUGGCGGUCAGUUCCUAGGUUAG